CUAGUAGCAACCUUUUACUUUAUUUAUUCUACCAGAAAUAUAUAUUUAUAAAUAUUAUUUUCCAAACAUCCCAAUCUAUGUCUUUGAUGAAGAUCACAAGCACCCAUCCAUCAGCAUCCCUCCCUCCGUUUCUCACCCCCAAGCAUGAAACCAUUGAAUUGAGUAUCUUUGCCUCUGCAAAAGGAAACUGAGCAAACCCCACAACAUCCACAUCUAAUUUCUCCCCCACAUCCCUCUCUCUCCCUCUCUCUCUCUCUCUCUCUCUCUCUUGCAAUGAUGUCACCGGAUAACAACAUUCCGGCGAAGUCGGUUGUCAGAGACGACAGCCAAGGCUCCGGCAGCCGCAAAACUGCGACGGCGAGGCCACCAGAGCAAGGCCUAAAGUGCCCACGAUGCGACUCACCCAACACCAAAUUCUGCUACUACAACAACUACAGCCUGACGCAGCCAAGGCAUUUCUGCAAGACUUGUAGAAGGUACUGGACGAAAGGCGGGGCUUUGCGCAACGUUCCCAUAGGCGGCGGUUGCCGGAAAAACAAGAAGGUCAAGUCAUCUUCGAGGCUCUCCGGCGCCGACUCCAAAGACUCAGCCUCAUCUUCCGAGAUGGGUGGAUUGAAGUUCUUCCAUGGGCUUUCCCCAGCCAUGGAUUUUCAGCUUGGUGGGUUAUCAUUCCCUAGACUUCAUCCUCCAACAACUCCUAUUAAUUACAACCACUUUUCUUCAUUUGGAGACGUUUCGGGUACUAGUCCUUCCUGUUUUACCCUCGAUCCAUCGGGAAACUCUAAUUCUCUGAUGGGUUUUAAUUAUCCGCUUUCUUCGGCAACCGCCGGCGGUAGUUUCAGUCCUGCAGUUCAGAACACGAGCUCCAUGAACGUUCACAGCAAUAUAGCUUCUUCCAUCGAGUCUCUGAGUACUAUAAACCAGGACUUGCACUGGAAGCUUCAGCAGCAGCGGCUCGCCAUGCUAAUUGGUGGCGGAGAGAGUCACAAAGAAAACAUUAAUGCUCUUGAAAAACCGCAACCCAUUGUAUUCCAGAACCUGGAGAUUUCAAAACCGGAGGCUUGCAGCGUCGGUAAUUCAAGGAGGGAAGGUACAGGUGGCGAUCAGAUAGCGACGGAGUGGUUCUUUGGGAACUCUUAUGGGCCGGUGACCGCUACUCCGACCAACAGUGGCGGCAACGGCGGCGGCCACGAUAACGGCAGCAGCUGGAAUGGAAUUCAAACAUGGGGUGACUUGCAACAAUAUAGCGCUUUGCCCUAGAUGAUAGAGGAUGUUGAAAAUUAAUAGGGAAAAUGUGAAAUUAUCAAAAACUGAUCAUUUAGGUAUAUGUUUGUUUCUUGUUCUUUUCUCUUGAGUGCAGCAGAUCAACAUGUUGAAGUUGGGAAAAAGAGAUAAUAAUCAAGCUUAUAUAUAUAUAUAUUAGUUCUUAUUUUGGUUGCUAAUUAAUGUCGAUGCUCCAUUUG